CAGGAACGGCUAAUCAAUGAAGUCGGCGUAUUAGUCAUUGACUUAUAAAAGCUUUACUUAAAAAUUCGCGUCGAUUCAGUUUCGGUAAAGCGUCGCGCGAAGUUGUGUCACUAAAAACAAAAUUCGAGAUGAUUUUCAACAAAGUAACCCAUUGCAUAUUUGACAUGGACGGACUUUUGAUAGAUUCCGAAUCCGUUUACGAUCAGAUAAUAGGAAGCAUAGCUGAACAGUUCGGUAAGGACUUCACUCUCGAAGUUAAAUUGAAGAUGCUGGGCCUUACCGAACGGGACACGGCGAUCGUCGCUAUAAGGGAGAUGGACUUACCGGUAACCAACGAGGAGUUUUUGAAAAUUUACCGGGAAAAAGUGCGACAGGGUCAGCUCCACCCGAAAUUGAUGCCCGGAGUCCAGGAACUCAUCAAACACCUCUACAAAAACGACGUGCCCAUGGCUGUAGCCACCUCCUCGUCCCAAACCGCCGUGGAUCUCAAAACCAAAGACCACCAACACGUUUUUAAAAUGUUUCAGCAUAUAGUGUGCGGCAGUUCGGAUCCGGACGUUGCAAAUGGCAAGCCCGCCCCUGAUAUAUUCCUGGUGGCGGCUCGGAGGUUCGCCGAUUCACCUCACCCUUCAAAGUGUCUUGUAUUCGAAGACGCACCGAAUGGAAUUGUUGGCGCAGCCGAAGCUGGAAUGCAGAGCGUCAUGGUCCCAGAUCCUCAAGUCAACGCCGAGCUGAGAAAACAAGCUACCCUAGUGCUAAAUUCGUUGACAGCAUUCAAGCCAGAGUUAUUCGGAUUGCCCCGGUUUGAAUAAAAUCACAGAUAAUAGUACUUAUUAAAUUAUAUAAGGCGUUUCACGGUUGAUGGUACCUUAGACGAAUGGUACAUUGGAUUGUUCUGAAAAUUUGGUUAGUUCGAUCGAUCUAAAAUAUUUUUGACCCUGCGACGUUAAAGUAGCACCAACAUUGAAAUUUUAAAUUUAAAAGCAUAAAGCAUUUUCCGAUCCGCUAAUACUUUUUGAUUUUUUUUGGAAUAAUACGUUCCUAUAUCUAGCUUCAGAGAUAUUCGAGAAAAACAUAGGCUUCAAUUAAAUUUUUAUUACUACACCACUGAAGCCAGUAGAAAGUUAAAAAAUUUAUACAUAGCUUAGGGAGGUAUUGAACAAAAUUUCUUAAUAUAAACAUUUGUUCUACAUUAUACAGGGUUGGUCAAAGCUAAUGAUUUACCGACCCGAUACAAAAAUGGUAAAAAGGUUUUUUUUUAAUUGAACACUAUGUAUAUUAUCAUAUAUUCUAAGAGCAAAUUACAUUCCCUUUCGCAUGCCGCAUCGUGUUCCUAUACCUAAAUCGUUUGGUUUCUGACAUAAACCUAGUUUGUCUGAAAACUCGAUUUCUUUCCCAUAAUUCACCUUUUAGGUGGCCAUGAAAUAUCCGUCUUAUGUCAAAUAAUUAAUUUUUCGUUUGACAGUUUCAUUGACAUUAUUGAUUAUGCUGUAAAGUUUAUCGAUAAAAUCUUUUCGAAAUGGAAUGUUGUUUUAAUGAUUUUUUUUUAUUAUUCAUGAACUAUGCAACCAUAUUAUAGUCAGAAUACGCAGAAAAUUUAAUAAAACGAAUCCUGAUUUACACACAUCAACACAUUUGCCAGAAUAAAAGCUUUAAUAAACCAUUUUACGACAAAUAUUUUUAAAAAUGGCGUUAAUGGCGUGUGAUCAGGCAAUUUUGCUGGCCAAUCACACUACCCCAUACGUGGAAGCCAAUAGUCAUGAAAUAAUUCGUGUGGCACUUCUUCAGGACCGUGACACACGGUGCUUCAUCUUCCUGAAGGCUAAGAUUCUCGAGAAAAUUAUUUACCACUCUUCUUAAUAUUUGAACAUAUUUUGCAGAAUUCACUGGUUCAUCGUGAAUUAAAAAACUUACUUUAUUAACUUUUAACAAGCAAAUCUUUUAAACUUAAUUUCCUUUGAAAUUCGAUUUGUAGCGCGAGGGUUAACAAUAGGCCAUAAGUUUUCAUUCUUUCGAUUGAAAAUACUCUCUUCUGAAAAUUUUGCUUCCUCAGGCAUCUAAAAUAUGCCAAAAUAAUCUAAUAUUCAGAGAAACUUUUAUUUCAGAAACCAAACAAUUUAAGUUUGGGAAUAUAAUAUAUCACUCUAUCACUCACUUGAAUUUAUUCUAAGAAUGAUAAUAUACAGAGCGUUCCAUUAAAAAAAAACUUUUCACAAUUUUUGUAUCUGGUAGGCAAAUCACUAAUUUAAUUAUUAAGAAAUUCUGUUAUGUCCAAAAUUUUAACUUUCUACUGGCUCCAGUGUCGUAAUAAUGACAAUUAAAUGUAAUUCGUAGAAAAAAUGAAGAAUAUAAUUAUUUUCUUGAAAACCGCUGAAGAUAGGUGUAGGAACGUAUUAUUCAAAAUCUAUCUUAAGUACUAGCGGAAUGGAACACACAAUUUAGAUGGUGUUCUAUAGAAAAUGUCAAUGUUGGUGCUACUUUUUCGUUAAAAAUAUUUUAGAUCGAUAGAGCAUCGCUGCUUAUAGAACUAACCAAAUCUUCAGAACAAUAAACCGUAAACGUUUAACAAAAUAAAUAAGAACUAAAAGUUCAGAUUUUCACAAAAUUUUAUAUUUUGACAUGACAAUUGUUUCGACAACACCGUUUCUUUAUCAAAUUUUAUCAAACAUUUAGUUCUUAUUUAUUUUGAUAAAUGGAUUUUCAUCAAGUAAAAGCCACCUCAGUUCAAUUCGUAAACGUUUAAGGUACCAUCAACCGUGUAACACCCGUUUAUUGUUUAUUAGAAUAUUGUAAUGUAUAUAACUACUCAAUAUUAUUUAAAUACUAGUUGUUUC